GGCAGCCGUUUUUUUCACAUUCAGCGUUUGGCUCACCGAUUCGUAACAAUUUUCAACUAGAUUAACUAUUUGUACUGGUAAAAUUCACCAUCCUACUGUGACAAAUCUUUCCUGUGUGUGUUUAGUUUUAGCUAAAUAUACAAAUGCUGAAUUAAAUUACAGCCUUAUUUCUUAAAGAUUUGCUAUGAUAGCUAGCUAUUUUACGUGCUAGCUAAUUCAUUUGCUAAUCUAACGCAAUCCAACUAAUCAUCCUCAAGAUUCAAAUCUUGAUUUUUCUUCCAGAUUUUUGCUUAGAGAAGACAUGGCAUGUGUGCAACAAGUGAGGACAUCUAAGGACACUCAGGUUUUUCCCAGUCAGGUUGAGUCCGAGCUGCAGUCUAUCUCUGUCAUCAAGAGUCUUCUGGCCAUUGGUGUGUCAGGCAUCAUGUACCUGCGAGGGAUUUUUCCAGAGAAAGCCUACGGGAGCAAAUAUGUUGAUGAUCAGCGAGUGAUGAUCCUCAGAGAGGAGCGCAGUUGUCCCGGUGCCUGUCAGAUUGUUGAGUGGAUUGUGGGAUGUUUUGACGCCAUCCAGAUGAAAUAUCUACAGACCGUCAUUAUGUCUGUCUCCUCAGACCCUGAUGAUCCGCAGAAUGUGACAGAGUUUUAUCAAUUCAGGAUUCAGUACAACACAGAAGGGGCACAAAUGGACUUUGAGAGCACCCAAAACAAGAAUUUUGUCACGUCGUUUGGCAGCACGAAGAAGGCCAGCAGCCUGCUGGUGAGGAAGCUCUACACGCUUAUGCAGAACCUCGGCCCUCUCCCCAACAAAAUCUUCCUCAACAUGACGCUGACCUACUACGAUGCUGUAACGCCGCACGACUACCAGCCACCUGGCUUCAAGGAGGCCGAUGGCGACAUGCUGGUAUUUGAGCGGGAACCGGUGAGACUGACCAUGGGCGAGGUGGUCACACCCUUCCACUCGCUUAAACUGGACAUGGCCACCGAGAGACACAGGCUGGAGCCGGUGGAGGAGAACCCUGGCAGGAGAAACAGAUGGCUUCUCAAGGUAAAACGUGAUGGGAGCCUGUCAGAGAGGUCUGUGAUUGAAGAUGUGGAUGACACACCCAAAACGGACAACACAGACAACAAUGCACAAGAAAUUGAGCUGAGGUGCUAUGAGAAGAUGGACACUUGUGAGGUCACCACAAUGGAGGCCGUCGUGCUAAAGAGGACUUCCGACAUGGAGGCAGCCGUGAUGACCACCAGGAGUGGACGCAUCAUUCAACACUACACGCAGACAAAGGGAACGAUAAACGCCAGGAAGCAAGCAGCUAUUAAGAAAAAUACGGUUUGUCAGUACGAAAUCCCCAAUAGUCAGGAGACACCUCGGAAGAAACGCAAGUUCAGCGAGUCCAAAGACAACCUGUGAGCCAAAACACACUUGCCUCCCUUUUAAGUUUGUCAAUGUUCAACUGUGAGGUACUUUAAAAUGACACACAUGGUCUUUAUUGUUUCAGCAGCAUGUUGUUCAAGGUUAGAAGAGUUUUGUUUUUUUUCGAUUCAAUUCAUGUUGUAAUUCUUUGGAUUCUUGCUUUGUUGUAGAUCCAUUUUAAAUGUUGACCAAACAAGUUUGACUUGUGCAGAUCAGGACUGGAAGUCCAAUAAAAGAGUUUUCACUGAC